UUCGUGCCAAGCACAGACAUAAGAGAGGUGAAGGAGGUGGACCCGAAGGAGUUGGGCUAGCUUUAAUAAAAUCAUUUAAACAUAGCUAGCUAAGUCGUAACCUCUCGCUUUAGCCGAUGGCUGCUUUAUCUUAGAUUCGUGAAUCAACACGUUUUAUUUUUUUAAAGUCACGGACAUGGUUGAGAAGAUAGCUCGUAGUUAACUUGUUGCUGAAGUGUUUACCGUGGUUACCACCACUCCGGUGUAGCCGUUACCUCUCCAGCCCCGGGGCCCUCUCUCUUCUGCCUCUCAACUAACCUCGAUCUGGAAAUAUGGUGUCGUGGAUGAUCUCCAGAAGCGUUGUGCUCGUCUUCGGGACCCUGUAUCCUGCGUACUAUUCAUACAAAGCAGUGAAAACCAAAAAUGUCAAGGAAUAUGUCCGUUGGAUGAUGUACUGGAUUGUGUUUGCUCUCUACACCGUAGUGGAGACCAUCACAGACCUCACUGUAGCCUGGUUCCCCCUGUAUUAUGAGAUCAAGAUAGCAUUUGUUAUCUGGUUGCUGUCUCCCUACACCAGAGGAGCUAGUCUCAUCUACAGGAAGUGUCUCCAUCCUCUACUGUCCUCAAGAGAGAGGGAGAUAGAUGAGUACAUUGUCCAGGCCAAGGAGCGUAGCUACGAGACCAUGGUGACCUUCGGCAAGCAGGGCCUCAGUAUCGCUGCUACUGCAGCUGUCUCCGCAGCUGUCAAG